UUACUUUUUGAUAAAGUCGCUUGCAUUAGAUUGCAUAUUUCUCUAUUUUGUUUUGCUGAACCCCAUUUUUUCUUAUCCAGUCUAGUGACAGUUACACAGCUUUUGCAAAUGCUUCAAGACAGCUACAUUUCCAACCAGAAGACCUUAUAUGAAGUUCUAUCUGUGAGUGAAGAUGCUACAUAUGACGAAAUCCGUGUGGCAUACAAGUCUGCUGCUUUAAGUACACAUCCUGACAAGGCACGGACAAUUCUGAAGUCAUUUGAAUCUUCGAGUGAGCAGCAUGGGUUUUUCGGUGUGCAGGAAGCAUGGGAAAUCCUACGACAUCCUAAAUCUCGAGGAGAGUAUGAUAAACAGCUGCAAUCAUCCAGACAGAGUAUUGAAAUUAUUGCAUCUGAUAUCGAGAUUGAUGAUAUGACUGUUGAAAAUUCCGCGGAUGGUGUGGAGCUAUUGUACGCUUGUAGGUGUGGUGAUUAUUUUUCGAUCACUUCUUGUGAACUUGGUGAGAUGGGAAUUUUGGUGGGUGAAGAUGGUGAGAUAGAACUGCAGGCACCUGAUUCUGUGUCGACGUCUGUUGUUUUGGGCUGUGGCUCGUGUUCUCUUAAAGCACGGUUGGUUAUAAACAAAACUUGAAUGCUCGUAUUUACCUCUGGCUGUAUGUUGGUUAACAAAUAUUGUUUUAAACAAGUUACAUCCUCUCUUUUUUGUUUUGGAAGAAUACAGCUCUGUCCAACCUCAACGUA